UUGACAACUUGCGGUUUGAGGAACAGCCAAGUGUGGAAAAUUCAUUGCUACAAAGCCCUUAUUAUUUGUGGAGGUUAGAAGGGUUCAGUCGAGGCAGAGCGCACUUAUGAAAGUCGACGCUGGCCUCGGACGAAAUUUUUAACAACUAUACACAACAAAGACACCGUGAAACAACACAAACAGAAGCACUUGGCUUACCACUUUACGAGAGCAAACGUUUUCAUCAGAUUCUAAGACCCAAACAACGCUGCGGUUUGGCACAAGGAAAUCAUCGAAGAUAUGGUGGGGAUGUUUUCAUUGACAGCCCUUCUGGGUGUGAUUCUUCAAUGUCUUGUGGUUAAUAGUCAGAUUCUAGGAAAGCCGUCUAAUCAGCCAUCGACCAAUCAGCAACCCCGAGGAGGACCAAACAUUUGUGGUUCAGGAUUCAGAAGACAGUGCUGCCCAGGAUGGAUGGCUGACAGAAAUGGACUUUGCACACGAGCUGUCUGCAGAACCAACUGUGGUUUCGGAAUUUGUAGGAGUCCUAAUCUAUGUCAAUGUGGAAGAAACACAUUUGGUCCAUCAUGUUCUCAUAUUCGAGGAGGUGCAGGAUUUGGAGGCUGUAGAUUUCUCUGUAGAAAUGGUGGCAGGUGCAAUAAUCAAGGAUGCAAUUGCAGACGUGGUUUCAGUGGCUCACGUUGUGAAAAGCCUAUCUGCAAUCUGCGAUGUCUCAACAAUGGCCGAUGCAUUUCACCAAACAGGUGUUCCUGUCCAUAUGGCUUCUCAGGACCAAGAUGUGAACUUGACUACCGUCUUGGCGAAUGCUUCACCAAAGUUGAAAACAUGAUGUGCAAGAACAGACUACUUGGAGUCAAAUGCACAAAAGUUGCUUGCUGUGCUACUGUUGGAAAGGCUUGGGGAGUCCCAUGCAGGCUUUGUCCAAAGAAUCUUGACUGUCCGCGAGGUUAUAUUCCUAACAUAAAGAAGAAGAAGUGCGAAGAUGCAAAUGAAUGUACCAUGAUUCCCAACAUCUGUGCCGGUGGAACUUGCGUCAACACAUUGGGAAGCUACAGAUGUGACUGCGGAGAGGGCCGUGUUUACGAUGGAGAAAGACACCGCUGCGCAGAUGUCGAUGAAUGUAAGAAGAACCCGAACAUUUGUGGAAAUGGUGGCAAGUGUGAAAACUUGGAUGGCAGCUACAAAUGUUCAGGCUGUAAGAAUGGAGCCGUGUUAAACAAAGACAAGACAAAAUGUGUUGGACCAGCCGAAGUUAAAGUCGUUGGCAAAUGCUACGAGGAAAAGGACAAUGGUAAAUGCAUGAGGCCAUUCAGAAUGGAUCUCACCAAGAAGAAGUGUUGUUGUCAAAACAUUGGAAAGGCGUUCGGCAAAAACUGUGAAAUGUGUCCAGCUCUCGCCACUUCUGCCUACAUUGCACUUUGUAUAUCGGGAACCAAGCCAGGCGUUGUUACUGAUUCCUCUGGCACAAUCGUGACAGACAGCGCUGGUAAUCCAGUUACUAAACCAGUGACAUCCUCUGACGGUUUUUGUUUCGUCACGAGAGAAAAUGGAGUGUGUAGCCGUCCAAGCAACAGGAAAGUUGCAAAAUCAAUUUGUUGCUGUGUUAUUAACGGAGCUGGCUUUGGUGACUCUUGUGACGCAUGUCCUGCCAAAGGAUCUAUUGCACACAACAGGCUUUGCAUGACUGAUCCUGAUGAUGGCACUGAUAUCACAAAGAUUAUGCUGAACGAAUGUGUAGUACAAGGACCAAGCAUCUGUAAGAACGGAAAGUGCACCGACCUUGCUGAAGGCUACAUGUGCACUUGUAACAAGGGAUUCAAGAGGCUCGACAAGAACACCUGUGUUGACAACGACGAGUGCUCCACAUUCACUGGAAUAUGUGGCAAAGGAAGAUGUCGUAACACUGAUGGAUCUUUCAAAUGUGACUGCAGUAAAGGAUUUCAAGAUGUGCCCGAUUCAGAGCCGAGAUGCCAAGACGUCGAUGAAUGCGAUCAGCCUGGAACCUGCCAAAAUGGAAAGUGCCGAAAUCUACCCGGCGGCUAUUCCUGCACAUGUAAUAAAGGAUUCGAAGAAAAAGAUGGGGGAUGUGCAGAUAUCGAUGAAUGCAAGAUCCAGAACAUCAUGUGCAAAGAUGGAAUGUGCGAAAACACAGCUGGAAGUUACAUGUGUACCUGCCGUGAGGGCUACGAACUUGCUGCUGACAAAAGAACUUGCGUUGAUACUGACGAAUGCUCAAAGAGUGGAACCUGCGAAAACGGUGCCUGCACCAACUUGGUAGGAUCAUUCAAAUGCUCAUGUAACGAUGGUUUUGUUCCCAGCAGUGAUGGCAAGAGUUGCAUCGAUGUCAACGAAUGCCAGAACAAGGACAUCUGCAUGCAUGGCAAAUGCAUCAACGGACCAGGGAGCUAUAGAUGUGCCUGUGACUUCGGAUUCACUCCAUCAAUUGAUGGCAAAGCUUGUCUUGAUACUAUUAAAGGAGCAUGUUUCGCCAAGUUUGACGGUAGAAUGUGCGCUAUGCCACUGAUGAAGAAGCUGACAAGAACUCAAUGUUGUUGUGGAAUGGAACCAAUGGGACAAAGAGGAUGGGGCCAGCCCUGCCAAGGAUGUCCUCUGGAAGGCAGUGACGAAUACAAGAUGAUGUGCCCAUGCAAAGGAAUGGUGUCUUGCAAACAAGAUGUUGAUGAAUGCAAAAACAAUGCCGGCAUGGUCCUUGGAAUGUGUAAGCAUGGUCGUUGUGUCAACACGAUGGGAGACUUCUACUGCGCUUGUAGUUCUGGUUACAGAAGUUCCAAAGACAGGAAGACCUGUAAUGAUAUUAACGAGUGUGCUGAGACUCCAGAAGUUUGUAUGAACGGUGUAUGCAAGAAUACAAAUGGUAGCUUUGAAUGCGAAUGCCCUAAAGGCUAUGUAUACAGUCGUGCUACUGGAAAAUGUGUUGAUGUCGACGAGUGUGAGAAUGGCAACCCCUGCACAAAUGCAGAGUGCAUCAACACACCAGGAAGUUUCAAAUGCAAAUGUACUAAGAAGGGGCAGACAUUGGAUAGCACUGGGCUUGUUUGUGCAGAUGUCCGUGUUGGAAAGUGCUGGUCCAAGCAAACUAAUGAUGUAUGUGAGAACAGCAUCAAUGGCGAAGUUACAAAAGCUGUUUGCUGCAAAAGUUUAGGAGUUGCCUGGGGAAGUCCUUGUGAGAAAUGCGAAGAUGUUGAUAAGAAGCCGGAUGGUUGUAAAAAGGGAUUUGUCAAGAAGGGGGACACCUGUGCUGAUAUUGACGAAUGCAAGAUCUUCGAUCAAGUUUGUAAAAACGGAUAUUGCCAAAACACACCCGGAAGCUUCAAAUGUGUUUGCCCAACCGGCUAUACACUUGACGAUUCGCAGAGGAACUGCUUAGACACAAGAAGAGGAGCCUGUUAUGAAAGCUUUACAAGAGAUAGCUGCAAAAACCCAAUCCCUGGCAACCAGACAAAGAGCAACUGUUGUUGUUCAGUAAUUGGAAAGGCAUGGGGAACACCCUGCGAAAUUUGCCCACUCAAAGACAGUCCCUCGUACAAUGAGCUCUGCAAAGCCGGAAAGUUAGACGUCAAUGAAUGUUUGUUCGGCAUGUGCAAGAAUGGAAAGUGUAUCAACACACAAGGAUCAUUCAAGUGUAUUUGCGAUAGAGGCUAUGAUGUCGACGAGAAAGGAAAAGCUUGCGAAGAUAUUGAUGAAUGUAAGAUCGCCAAGGGUAUUUGCGGUUCUGGAAAGUGCAUCAACACACCCGGAUCUUUCCGUUGCCAAUGUGAACCUGGAUACAGGAACUCAAUGAUGAUGGAGAUGUGCAUGGAUAUUGAUGAGUGUACUGAGUCAAAUCCUAUGCCAUGUAUGGGAGGUAGAUGUAUCAACACACAAGGCUCUUACAGAUGCGAAUGCCCAGCUGGAACAGAAGUAAUGGGUGGCGGAAUCGACUGUGAAGAUAUUGAUGAAUGCACAAGAAUCCCAGGAGUCUGCAGAUAUGGCAGAUGUCAAAACUUCAAUGGUGGAUACCUGUGCGCCUGCGCAUCUGGUUUCAAGCAGAGCAGAGAUAUGAAGUCUUGUCUUGACGUUGAUGAGUGUCAGAUAAACAACGGCGGUUGUGAAUACAUCUGUAACAAUACUAUUGGAAGCUACGAAUGCAAGUGUCAAGAUGGCUACCAACUGACAGCAAACAAAAGGAACUGUGAAGAUAUUGACGAAUGCACGAGGAAUCCAGAUGUUUGUGGAGAAGGAAACGAGUGUAAAAAUGUAAUUGGCGGCCAUGUUUGCAGUUGUAACACUGGCUACGAAGCGACUGCUGAUGGAAAAGCCUGCGUUGAUGUUGAUGAAUGCAAGGACAAGAACAGCUGUCAGAAUGGAAAGUGUUUGAAUACAGCUGGAUCAUUUAUGUGCGAGUGUCGCAAAGGCUUCAAGCUCAACAAACAAGCAAUGGCCUGUAUUGAUAUCGACGAGUGCGCAAGCGGAGACAAAGGAGGUUGUCACAAAGAUGCACGAUGCGUCAACACUGUGGGAAGCUUCCAAUGCCAGUGCAAACCGGGCUACGAAGGAAACGGCAAGGAGUGCCAAGAUCUUGAUGAAUGCAAGCUCGGCCUUUCAACUUGCUCUCUUGAUGCUGAUUGUACAAACACACUGGGAAGCUUCACAUGCCAAUGCAAAGCUGGCUUCUCUGGAGACGGAAGAACUUGUGUCGACAUCAAUGAAUGUGUCGAAGACAAAACACUUUGCAAAUACGGCCAGUGCUCAAACACGAUUGGCGGAUACGAGUGCAGUUGCUAUGACUUCGGGUUCCAGAGAUCUGCUGACAAGAAAUCUUGCUUGGACAUUGACGAGUGUGUAUCACUUAAAGGCGUUAUUUGUAACCAUGGUAAAUGCAUCAAUCUCGUUGGCGGCUUCAAAUGUGAAUGUGAUGUUGGAUUCCAGCUUGAUAAGACGAACAACAACUGCACAGACAUAAAUGAGUGUGAAACCUCCGGCAUGUGCACUAAUGGCAAAUGUGUCAAUAUGAUGGGCAUGUACAAAUGCGACUGCAACCCUGGAUAUGUUCCAAACAAAGAAAUGAAUGCAUGCAUUGAUAACCGAAGAGAGCCCUGCUACAGAGUGGCACCAAACGCUUCUGCUUGCUCCAACUCGGUCGCUUCUGCUGUAAUGAAAAGUGAUUGCUGUUGCUCACGGUUUGGCAAGGCAUGGGGUAAAGUCUGUGAAAUAUGCCCACCAAGGGAUUCAGAUGAAUACAAGUCCCUUUGCCCUGGAGGAACUGGCACGGCCACAAAUGGAACAAUGAUUUUAGAUAUUGAUGAAUGCAAAAAGUUCAACAACUACUGUAAGAAUGGAAAAUGUGUCAACACAAAAGGCGGCUCAAAAUGUUUUUGCCCUGACGGCUUCUUCCUGAAUCGUAUGGAAAACUGCGAAGAUAUCGACGAAUGCAAGACACCUUUCUUGUGCGGUCCAAAAGGAAAAUGCAUCAACACACCUGGCUCAUACCGAUGUGAAUGCCCAACUGGAGUUACACUGAAGUCAAACAACUUCUGUGUUGACGAAAGGAAGAGCUUAUGUUUCCACACUGAUAGCGACCAAACGAACAACACUUUAGUACCUCUACCAAUCACCGAGGAAUGCACCGAAAAGUUCCCAAUGAAUUUCACCUACGCCCAAUGUUGUUGCAAUAUGGGUACCCAUUAUGGCGACCCAUGUGAAACAUGCCCAGUCAAAGAUUCUGACCAGUACAAUGCUUUGUGUAUUGGAAAACCGGAUAUCAUCAAGCCUACAUCCUUCCCUGUUGAUGGUAUUACUCCAACUACGAAACCAUCAACAUCCGGAACUGGUGGUGGAAAAGAUGGGGAUAAGGACAAAACUAAGCCCGGAGGUCUUGGUGGAGACGGGGAUGGCGAUGGCGAUGGCACAAUCGACCCAAGUUUCGAUGUUGAUGAAUGCAAGAUGCUCGGAAACCCAUGCAAAAAGGGAAAAUGCACCAACACACUUGGUGGCUAUAAAUGCGAAUGUGAUAUGGGAUACAAGAGUACAGGAAGCAUUAAGAUGCCCGAGUGUAUUGACGUUGAUGAGUGUAUGGACAGCCCAUGUGAAAAUGGAACUUGCAAGAAUUUCGAAGGUGGAUUCAUGUGCGAGUGCCCAAAAGGUUUUGACUUGGACAAUUCUGGACGAGUAUGCUUGGAUGUUAAUGAAUGUGCAAAGCCAGGAAUCUGCGAAAAUGGUGUUUGUACCAACACAAUCGGCAGCUUUCAAUGCAAGUGUAAGAGUGGAUAUGCUCUCACCAUGGACAUGAAAUCUUGUGAAGAUGCCGAUGAAUGUUCAAUUCCUAACAUUUGUGGGGCCGGAAAAUGUAAAAAUCUUCUUGGUUCAUACGAAUGCAUCUGUAACGAAGGAUUCCGGAGAGAUACCUUUGGCCAAUGUGACGAUAUCGACGAAUGUAUCGAGGCACCUGGAAUAUGUCAAAAUGGCAAAUGUAAGAACACAAGAGGGAGCUUUGAAUGUGAAUGUGACGCUGGUUUUGUGCCAACUGGUAACAAACAAAAUUGCCGGGAUCUUGAUGAGUGUCUUGAAGUAGCUGACUUUUGCAAGAAAGGAACGUGCACAAACACAUUUGGUAGCGCCACCUGCAAAUGUAACGAGGGCUACGAGAGAAUCAAAGACAAAUGCAUUGAUAUCAACGAAUGUACUCAAGACCCAGAGCUGUGCGAAAUUGGAGGCACAUGUAUUAACACCGAAGGAAGCUUUAGGUGCCUUUGCAACAAUGCUGGAUUUAGACUUGGCAACCAAGGCCGUUCCUGUGUAGAUGUCCGUAAGGGAGUAUGUUUUGCCAAAGUUGAAGGAAACAGAUGUGCAAAAGCCACCGCCUUCCAAGUGACAAAGUCUACUUGCUGCUGCAGUAUGAAUGCUGGAUGGGGUGAUCCUUGUGAUCUCUGUCCAAAAGAGGGAACUAAGGAGUUCACCCGCUAUUGCCCCAAUGGUAUUGGAUACAAUAAAGAUCUGAGUGAUAUCAACGAAUGCUUGCUCAAUUACGGUGAGUGCAAGAAUGGCAAAUGUGUCAAUACCGAUGGAAGCUACAGGUGUGAUUGCAGUAAAGGCUACAAGAAGUCAGCUGAUCCUAAUUUCUGCGUUGAUAUUGAUGAAUGCGUGGAGUUGAACAACGUCUGUGGUAACGGCAACUGUACAAACACUGUUGGAUCGUAUUCAUGCAAAUGCAACGCAGGGUACGAGCGUGCAGAUGACAGUCCGUCUUGCGUUGAUAUUAACGAAUGCAACCUAGAGAACGACCUUUGCGCUCACAGAUGCUCAAACAUCCCCGGAUCAUACCGAUGUAUGUGUCCACGAGGUUUCAAGGUUGCUGCCGAUGGAAGAAUGUGUGAAGAUAUUGAUGAAUGCAAAACAUCCAAGAACACGUGCAAGCAACUUUGCAAAAACAUCCUCGGUGGCUUUAUUUGUCUCUGUGGAGAAGGUUACAGACAAAUCGGAGGAAAAUGUGUUGAUAUCAAUGAAUGUGCUGAGAACAAGAAACUUUGCAAGCCAUUUGGAACUUGCCAGAACUUUGAUGGAGGCUACAGAUGUCAGUGUACUCCACCAUACAUGCGAAGCAAAAAUGGCAAAUUGUGUCAAGAUAUGCGUAGAGGACUGUGCUUUGCCAAAGUAAUCGAAGGCGUCUGCCAAGCUGCCACAAAGAAGAUGAUGAAGGUAUCUGAAGGAGAAUGCUGCUGUAUGGGCGCUUUAGCUUGGGGUCCUUCCUGUACCCCUUGUCCUCUGCAAGGAUCAAUCAAAUACAACCUUCUGUGCAGCAAAGACGGCCACACUGUCAACGAAUGUGAUAUGAUUGCUGGUGUAUGUGAAAAUGGAAAAUGUAUGGACACAGACGAUACCUACAUGUGCAUGUGCAACCCUGGAUUCAAACUGUCAAUGAAUGGAAAGAAGUGCACAGAUAUCGAUGAAUGCAAGAACAACCCAUGCGAACUCGGUUGCACCAACACCAUGGGCGGAUACGAAUGCAAAUGUCAACAAGGCUUCAAAUUUGAUCUAAAGGCAAAGAAAUGCGUCGACAUUGAUGAAUGCAAAUCAAAUGCACACAACUGCGAUCACAAAUGCGUCAACACUGUUGGUUCAUUCAGAUGUGCUUGCCCUGAUGGCUAUCACAAGAUGGGUGCUUCUUGUGUCGAUACUGACGAAUGUCUGUACAACCAAUACAUCUGUGGUUACGGUCACCAGUGCAUCAACACCCCAGGAGGCUACACUUGUAGAUGUCAGAUGGGAUACAUCUUUGACAAAGAGAAGAAGCAGUGCGUUGACAUCGAUGAAUGCUAUGGUAACACUCAGUGCCAGUAUGGUUGUGAAAACACGGAAGGCUCUUACAGAUGCAACUGUCCAAAAGGAUACUCACGACACUACUUCUACAACCAGUGUGUUGAUGUAAAUGAAUGCGAGACUGGUGCCUGUGGAAGUGGCAGCAACUGCCAGAAUGCUCUUGGUACUUACUCUUGCUCUUGCGGCUCUGGAUUUAACUACCAAAACGGAGUAUGCAGAGAUGUUGAUGAGUGCGGUUCACAAAACCCAUGCCAGUACAGCUGCAAAAACACCCAAGGAGGAUUCGAAUGUGGAUGUCCAUAUGGCCUCAGACCUAACCAAGGACACUGCAUUGUUGCAACUGGCAUUACAUGCACUACCUGUGAUGAUGCCGGUGAUGAUGAUGCCGUACCUCUGCAAAAAGAAGCUGAUGAUGAACCAACUACUUCCGCAGUAGCCAGCGCUGUGGGAACCGACUCCUUGCCUCUCGUCAAAGGCGAAGACUCCACAGAUGCAGGGUUCUUCCAGUCCGGCUUUUACCAACAGCAGUCCGGUGGCUUCCAGUACCCACAAGGUCAGUUUCCUUCAGGCUUCCAGCAGCCAUAUAGUGGUUUCCAGGGUGGUUUCCAAGGUGGUGCCAACAGACAAUUCAGCGGGUAUUCAGCUUACGACUAUACUGGUGGCUCCAGCAACCCUUACAGCAACCAACGAUUUGGUGUAAGGUCCUUGCGUUUUUCACGAGGUGGUCGUGGAUCUCGUGGUGGUAGGAGACCAAUGGUUAUUUCAGUUGGUAAAGACCUCAAGACAAAGAUACCACUUCUCAAGUUCCUUCCAGCCAUCAAAGGUCUGAAACACAAGGUUGAAUACGUUAUCACCGCUGGCAACGUAACACUGUUCGAAAUUUCCCAGAAGGGGCGUUUAGGAUUCUUGCACUCGACACAGCCACUGAAGGAGGGAAGUAGCUAUGCACUGAAAAUUGGUAGUAGAAUCAAAUCCAACAAAGAGGUUGACAGCGAAGCCAAAUUGUGGUUCAAUAAAAAGAAAUUUAAUUUGAAGUUAGUAGUAAAGGUUGUUUAACCAAGGGAUGCCAGACGACACAUAGCUAGUUCUGUUGGCAAGCCACAUGCCUUGCAAAGGAAGCAAUUUUCCAACUUUUCUGUGACAUAUUUAGCAUAUCAAGACGUUUCAAUGGACAUGGUAUUAAGUUAAUCUCAAUUGUCAACUAAGAAUCGAGCGCUUUUACGUAAUUAAUUCUAGGAAGGAUUCUAUUGCUGCAUUUCAUGUAAGAGGAAGUUCUUCGAAUAGGCGCUUGUUGGCUCUGUUACGCUUUCACCUUGUAAUAAUGCCAUCGAUGCGACACCCACUUGAUUUUUGGGUAGAUACCCACCGUAGAGAUUCUCAUUCUAUUGUUUAAUACAGUCUAAAGUUCUUUGAUCGACUGAUUUCACUCCUUGUGUAGUCGAGUCUGGCUAUUUUGUAAUCAUGCCGCGGACUCUUGUUUAUAUCCAUAUCUGAUUAUCUUUUGGAACCAAGCUUGGCAUAAACAUCUUUAGACCAGGUUUUGUGAUGCUUUAAGAAAAACUGGUAGAAAAUCCCAUUGACCACGAAUAUAUGCCGAUGUGCUCCCGUAACACCAUUGGGUCAUGCAAAUACCCCAUUCUUUUGACAAGAGGCUUGAUCAAGUACUUUGGACCCUGGUAGCAACAGUUUGGGACGCAUUCGCCAUUAUGGAACGGCAGUCGAAUGCUGGUGACUGGCCCUCGUAGAGCUAACAAUGGCAGUUUUCGAGAACUGCCUCUUACAUGAAAGCGUAGUGUUUUAUAUCGAUUGUCAAGUCAUGGACGUUUUAUAUUAGAUGUUUCCGUAUUAUAGAUUGUUUAGCAUUGUAUAAAGAGGGGUUCUCGUAAGAAUGUAACACUUUUGGAUAGCCGGAACAUAGUUUUUUAUAUAUUUACCUUUGACUAGCAACUUUGUUGGUGCAUUGAAUAGGAUUCUCUCAAAACAUUUGUAUUUUUUCUAUUUAAUUAUUUUGUUGUUAAAA